GCAUAAGUUUGGAAAUUUUUUUGCAAAUUAUUGAAUUAUUUCACACACAUUUUAAUUGAUUAACAUUCAAUUAUAAAUUAUACUUCUGCUUGCAUUAAAAUUUAUUUCAAAGAAAAUGCAACUCUAAAUACAGUUAACUAUGGCUACCUUGCAUUUGUUGCUGUCAGUUUCCGUCGGUGCGAGUGAAAACGUUUAGCCGCUUUUUUUGCAAAUUUGUAAAGCUUUAUUAAUUUCUUUUAAAUGUUAUUACAAUUGCCGUACAUUUUUCAAGGUAUCGAUAAUAUUGAGUUAUUUGAUUUGAAAGCAAGUAUACAAUAAGUCCGAGAGUUAUUUGUGGUGUGUAUAAAAGCAAUAUUGCUGAGCGGUGAUCGGUGAAUAAGUGAAAAAAAUAAAAGUGGUUUUGUGUCUUGUCAAAAAAAUGUAUGAAAUCUGUUAUAAUGAUCGGUGUGUCGUGUAAUAUAACGCUCAGGAUAAGCAAGCAAUGUGAUAAUAACUACUGUCGGCGAUUACUUCCGCACUUUACGCAAUUUAAGGAAAUUUCCGACGCUAGUCAGCCACAGUCAACGCAAAGCACUACAAUGUCGCACACGCACUUGAAGUUAGUGAUUUCUGCUUUCAUCUUUUUGUGGCUAUGCCACAGAACACCAGCACAGGUUAGUGAUCGGAUUGUUGGUGGUCAAGCUACGACCGUUGCAAAUGCACCAUAUAUGGUGCAAAUCCGUUUCAAUGGCUCCUUCCGGUGUGGUGGUACUUUGAUAUCGACAACGCAUGUCCUGACAGCUGCACAUUGUAUCAAAGGCAGGAGACGCGCUCUUUUUACCGUACAUGCAAACACUACUAGGUUAGGACAGACGGGCAUAACACGCAAUGUAUCGAGAGCGUUUGUACCGCGUGUAUUCAACAGAGUAACUAAAAGAAUGGAUGUGGCUGUAUUGAGGUUAUCCUCAGCUAUCAAUGGCACGAAUGCACAACCGAUUGGACUGUGCAAUCAAAGUUUGACUCCUGGCCUUAGAUUGAGAGUAUUUGGCUGGGGUACGACUUCGGAAAAUAGCAGUAAUGUAUCAAGAGUUUUGCGUAGAGUAACUGUGCCUGUUGUUCCUAAGCCCAGAUGCAGAAGACAAUAUGCUGGUAUUCAAAAUAUAACAAGGACCAUGUUUUGUGCUGGCGUUCCUGGGAGUAGAGACGCGUGCACGGGUGAUUCCGGUGGCCCGGCGAUAGCUAAUGGACGUGUGUGCGGCAUUAUAUCGUUUGGUAACGGCUGUGCACGUCCAAACUUCCCUGGUGUCUAUACGAGCGUACCGAUGGUACGAAGAUUUAUAAACCAGGCAUUAGCACAAUAAUAAUAAUAUUUAAUGGACUUUUGUUAUGUUUACCGCAAUAAAUAUUUACCCGAACUCGUAGUUGGAAAAAUUUAA